AUGGGUUCUCACGCUGCGAUGCCUGACAUAGGCGCUAUUUUAAGCCAGUUAACGUUAGAAGAGAAGGUUUCUCUUCUAGCUGGAAAGAAUUUCUGGGAGACAGUGGACAUUCCGGAGAAAGGCGUCCACUCAGUGAAGGUCUCCGAUGGUCCCAAUGGCGCCCGAGGUGCGACCUUCAAGAACGGCCCAACAGCCGCGUGUUUCCCAGCAUCUUGUCUCUUGGCCGCAACAUGGGACGUGGAAGCUGCUAGGAACAUUGGAAAUGCUCUCGCAGAAGAGGCGCAAUCCAAGGGAGCUCGUGCACUCCUGGCUCCAACAGUCUGCCCCCAUCGCCACCCGCUCGGUGGUCGCAAUUUCGAGUCCUUUUCCGAGGACCCAUUGCUUGCCGGUAAAAUGGCCGCGCAGUAUAUCAGCGGCCUGCAAGAGAAGGGUGUUGCCGCGACGAUCAAGCACUUUGCUGCGAACGAACAGGAAACCUGUCGUUUCACAGUCGAUGCUCACAUUUCCGAAAGAGCUCUUCGCGAAAUCUAUCUGAAGCCAUUCGAGAUUGCCAUUAAAGAAGCCAAUCCGAUGGCAGUCAUGACUUCGUACAACAUUCUCAAUGGUCACCAUGCCGAUUCAAGCGAUUUCCUCCUCAAAGAUGUUUUGCGCGGUCAAUGGGGAUGGAAUGGCCUUGUUAUGAGUGAUUGGGGCGGUACGAACUCGACUGCCGAAUCUAUACAGGCUGGCCUUGACCUUGAAAUGCCCGGCCCUACAAAGUGGCGAACGGCUGAGGCUGUUCUUGAGGGAAUCAAGGCCGGUAGAGUCUCAGAGAAGACCAUUAACGAUCGUGCUCGUAACGUUUUAGAGUUUGUGGCUAAACUUCGCUGUUUCGAGGAUCCGACCAUCCUCGAAGAAAAGGCCAUUAACAAGCCAGAACACCAGAGACUUAUCCGCUCAGUCGGCGGUCAAGGUCUGGUUCUUCUCAAGAAUGAUAAUGAGAUCCUUCCUUUGAACAAGGAGCGUCUUGCCAACAAAAAGGUUGCUCUGUUGGGCUUCGCCAAAGACGGGUUGAUUCACGGUGGUGGCAGUGCAUCAGUGAAUGCUCACUACCGGGUUACGCCCGAGGAGGGUCUCCGUGCUGCACUCGGUGACGCUGUUGAGUUCGAAUAUGCCCAGGGUGCCCACACAUUCCGUCAAUUGCCAUUGAUGGACAAGAUGGUUGUAGACCGUGAUGGUCAUCCCGGAUGGACCUUGGACUUUUUCCUGAGUGAGGAGCCUACAGGAGAGCCCUCUUCUUCGAAGCACUCUGAUGUGCCAACAUACAUGCCAAUCUUUGUCAAGGAGGCUUGGGGUAGUGCCAAAGCCACUGGCCGCUUCACCCCAAAGCAAAGCGGCCGCCACUACCUUGGCAUGUCAGGAUUAGGACGCUCCAAAAUUGUCAUCGAUGGCAAGACAGUGUAUGAGCAGAAAGAAAACUGCCCCGACUCAAUGGCAUUCCUGCUGGGAGGUGUCAAAGAGCCCGAGGUCCAGUGGGACUUUGAAGCUGGAAAGUCCUACACCAUGGAGGUUAUCACUCUGAAGCCUUCCAAGAGUGGCGGUAUCGCCCUCCUGGAUGGAUAUCUCGGUUUCCGAUUUGGCUUUAUGACGGAGGAAGAACACAACAGGGAUCUCCUCUCCGAAGCCGUGGAAGUCGCGAAGCGCUCCGACCUUGCCAUUGUCUUCACCGGCCACACGCCAGACUGGGAAACAGAAGGCCAAGACCAAAUCAGCUUUAACCUCCCUAGUAACGGAUCUCAGGACCGUCUCGUGACUUCCGUGAGUGCUGCAAACUCCAACACAAUCGUGGUCAACUGCACCGGCGUGGCUGUUGGCAUGCCCUGGCUUGAAAACGUCAAGGCUGUCGUGCAAGCCUGGUUCCCCGGCCAAGAAGCUGGCAACGCAAUUGCAGACGUCCUCACCGGAGCAGUCAAUCCUUCAGGUCGCCUACCUGUUUCUUUCCCUCGCAGGCUUGAAGAUGCUCCUGCUCACGGAAACUUCCCCGGUGAAUACAUCGAUGGACAGCUCCAUGUCACAUACGAAGAGGGUGUCUUCGUAGGCUACAGACACUACGACCGAUCCGAGGAACACCGCUCCCAGGUUCUCUUCCCAUUCGGCCAUGGUCUCUCUUACACGACGUUCACUCAUAGCAACCCGAGAGUAACGGCCUCUGACGAUGCCGAGGAGUUCAAAAUUACAAUUGAUGUAACCAACACUGGUUCGCGGGCCGGCGCCGACGUUGUUCAGGUCUACGCAGGAGCCAAGGUGGCAUCCAUUGAGGAUCCGGUUAAAGAGCUGGUUGGGUUUGCUAAGGUUCACCUUGCUCCCCGGGGGAGCAAAACUGCUACGAUCAGAUUUAAUGCCCGGCAGUUGGCUCAUUUCAGUGAAAGUAGCAAAAGGUGGGAGUUGAAGCAGGGUGAGUACGAGAUCACUAUUGGACGGUCUGUGCAGGAUGUUAUUGCGAAAGUUACCGUGUCUGCUGCGGCCCGGUCUUAUGAGCUGUGA